UAGAAGAUGCUCAGGAGUUUGCCAAUAAACACAGCAUCUCUCGAGUUUACGGCAGCUAUGAGGAGCUGGCCAGAGAUCCAGACAUGGAUAUUGUCCAUGUUGGAGUCAUCCCCCCGUACCAUCUGAACGCCUGUAAACUUUUCAUAAAUGCUAAAAAGAAUGUUCUGUGUGAGAAGUCGCUGGCCAUGAACACAAAGGAACUGAAAGAGAUUCUGGACUCUGCCAAAAAGAACAACGUCUUCCUCAUGGAGGCUGUGUGGACCCGUUUCUUCCAGGCCUCUGUGGAGAUCAGAAAUCUGCUGGCUCAGGAGUACAUAGGGGAGGUGAAGAUGGUCCGUGCCGACUAUAGUUUGCCACUGUUGCACAUGUCUAGAUCGGAUCAGAAGGACCUCAGUGAAGGCGCAUUACUAGGACUUGGUAUCUAUUGCCUUCAAUUCAUAAGUAUGGUAUACAAAGGAGAGAAGCCGGAGAGUAUCCAAGCUAGAGGCGUCUGCCUGGAGACGGGAGUGGAUGAGACUGUGGCUGUCAUUCUUAGGUAUUCUAAGAACAGAAUGGCAACGUUUACCUGCUCUGCUGGGGUUGAGCUACACAGUGAAGCCAUUAUUAUUGGGACGGAAGGCAAAAUCCAGGUCCUUUCUCCUAUGUGGUGCCCCACAUCAAUCAUUGUUGAUAGGAAGGAGACGGAGUAUCCGAUACCUGAACGCUGCUUGUCUCUCAACUUUACCUACAGCACAGGGAAGCGUUACGAAGUAGAGGAGGUCCGCCAAUGUCUGCUCAAGGGGCUGAAGGAGAGUCCAGUUACGCCCCAUGCCUACACUCUGCUGUUGGCUGAAAUGGGGGAUGAGAUCCGCCGGCAGGUGGACGUGGUGUACAGCCAGGACUGCCAGAGGAACAUGGCAACCAGGUGGGGAAUCUGCAGCGCGGGGAAGAUCAGUCAUGACUUCACUGUGGCUCUGAAAACUCUUCCUGCUGAAGACCAUCAGGUUGUGGCUGUUGCAGCUCGUUUGUUGGAGGACGCUCAGGAGUUUUCCAGAAAACACAACAUCUCUAAGGCUUAUGGCAGCUAUGAGGAGCUGGCCAGAGAUCCAGAUGUAGAUGUUGUGUAUGUUGGAGUCAUCCACCCAUACCAUCUGAACGCCUGUAAACUUUUCACAAAUGCUAAAAAGAAUGUUCUGUGUGAGAAGCCACUGGCCAUGAAUGCUAAGGAAGUGAAAGAGAUUCUGGACUCUGCCGAAAAGAAUGACGUCUUCCUCAUGGAGGCUGCGUGGACCCGUUUUUUCCCAGCCUCUGUGCAGAUCAGAAAUCUGCUGGCUCAGGAGUACAUAGGGGAGGUGAAAAUGGUCCGUGCGGACUAUGGUGUGCCAAGAUCAGAUCAGAAGGAGCUUGGUGGAGGAGCAUUACUAGAUCUUGGCAUCUAUUGCCUUCAAUUCAUAAGUAUGGUGUACAACGGAGAGAAGCCGGAGAGUAUCCAAGCCAGCGGGGUCUGCCUGGAGACGGGAGUGAACAAGACUUUGGCUGUCAUUCUUAAGUAUUCUAAAAACAGAAUGGCAAUGUUCACCUGCUUUACUGGGGUCCAGCUGCACAAUGAUGCCAUUAUUGUUGGGACAAAAGGCAAAAUCCAGGUACCUUCACCGAUGUGGUGCCCCACCUCACUGGUAGUUAAUAAGAAGGAGACCCAAUAUCCAGUACCUGAACCCUCCUUGCCUCUCAACUUUACCAACAGCACAGGGAAGCGUUUCGAAGCAGGGGAGGUCCGCCAGUGUCUGCUCAAGGGGCUGAAGGAGAGUCCAGUCAUGCCUCAUGCUGACUCUCUGCUGUUGGCUGAAAUGGAGGAUGAGAUCCGCCGGCAGGUGGGAGUGGUGUACAGCCAGGACUGCCAGAGGAACAUGGCAACCAGGUGGGGAAUCUGCAGCGCAGGGAAGAUCAGUCAUGACUUCACUGUGGCUCUGAAAACUCUUCCUGCAGAAGACCAUCAGGCUGUGGCUGUUGCAGCUCGUAAGUUGGAGGACGCUCAGGAGUUUUCCAGAAAACACAACAUCUCUAAGGCUUACGGCAGCUAUGAGGAGCUGGCCAGAGAUCCAGAUGUAGAUGUGGUGUAUGUUGGGAACAUCCACCCACACCAUCUGAAGGCCUGCCUGCUCUUCAUGAAUGCCAAGAAGAAUGUUCUGUGUGAGAAACCGCUGGCCAUGAACACCAAAGAAGUGAAAGAGAUUCUGGACUCUGCCAAAAGGAAUCAAGUCUUCUUCAUGGAGGCCGUGUGGACCCGUUUCUUCCCAGUUUCUGUGGAGGUUAGAAAGAUGCUGGCUCAGAGGGAGAUAGGAGAGGUGAAAAUGGUUCGGUCGGAGUUUGGAGUCCCUGUUCUGCACAACCGAAGAGUAGUAGAGAAGGAGUUGGGUGGAGGAGCGUUGUUGAACAUUGGCAUGUACUGCCUGCAGUUUGUGUGUAUGGUGUACAAUGGAGAGAGGCCAGAGAGCAUCCAGGCUACCGGGGUCUGCCUGGACACAGGGGUGGAUGAAACUGUGAUCGUAACUCUGAAGUUUUCAGAGAAGAGAAUGGCGGUGUUUACUUACUCUUCCAGUAUACAGCUUCCUAAUGAUGCCAUUAUUGUUGGAACCGAAGGCACCAUCCAGAUCCCUGCCUGGAUGUGGUGCCCCACAUCACUAAUUGUGAAUGGGAAGGAGACCCAGUAUCCCUUGCCUGAACCCUGUUUCCCUCUGAACUUCCACAACAGCACAGGGAUGCGCUAUGAAGCCGAGGAAGUCCGACAGUGUUUGAUCAAAGGGCUGAAGGAGAGUCCAGUCAUGUCUCACUCAGACUCUCUUCUGCUGGCAGAACUGGAGGAUGAAAUCCGUAAGCAGGUGGGCGUGGUGUACAGCCAAGACUGCCAGUAAAUGUUCUGCGUUCACGGAAAGAUGAAAUAAUUACUCAAAAUGGAUUGUUAUGGAGAUCCAGCAGGACUUUGUGUUCCAACACUGCUGCUACUGCGUUAUCUCGUUUUGAGAGGCCUGACAGAGGUCAUACCUCAUAAAGCUCAGUAAAAGGUUCUGAAUCCAAACUUUUUAAAUCUUUCUUUGAGCUUACUUUCAAUCCUUCUGUUCCUAUUAAGUUAUUUCAAAAACAAAAGGCCAGAAACUUCUGAUAGGUGCUCACUUUAUUGAUAGAACCUCAGUCUCACGAGACAUCUCAAUUCACCAGCUAAACAUCAUAAUCUCCCUUUACAUAGUUAGUUCUUAGUCUCUAGCAUUACAAUCAAAAGCAUGUUAGAGGAGCAGGACAGCUACAGUGGAUCACCAACAGAGAAGACGAUGAGAGAGGUUUUAAACAUGAGUUCUGAUCUCAUGAUCCAAAUCAAAUGUUUACAAUUUUCCCCCUCGGAUAUUAUCUGAAUGCAAAGAAAUGUAAAGGCUCUGUGACACAUCCAACAACACAAAACAUUAACUCCUCUGGAUUGGACACCCAAAACUUUGUAUCUCUAUAGUCAGACAAAAUAUAAGCAGAAUUGAAUGUCCCAAAAACAACAAAAUAAAGAAGUUUACCUUUCACAAAAGUCAAGUACAAUUUAGAAUGUAACAGUGUCUGGAGACGGUAAGGAGUGCAACACUAACAGAUACACUGAAACAAUGAAAGCUGGUCUAUAAGAGAGGACACUUCA